AUGGAGGCCUUAGAUAUAAUACAGAAAGCAUUCGAGGAACUUCGGGCGAUUCCGCCAGAGUACCACUUAUGCUGUCCGAAAGUCUCGGACGAAGACGACGAGGACUAUGAUGAUCUCGAGUCGCCAGGUGAUGUCGGUGUCGAGAAGAAACGACAGAGAAUACAGGACGGCCGUGACAGGCAAGACACGCUGUACAACUGCGCCCUUAUCCUAGGUCUGCAGCAGGAAUCACAGGGCGCAUUCUUGACUGAAUUCAGCGAACGUGCUGGCGCAGUACUUGGCAACUGCUCCAACUGCAUCCGCAACUGGCACAGGGGACGCAAGCCGUUCCUCAAACGACUCUCGCAGUUCUACGAUGAUACAGUCGUUAGUGAAAUGGAAGACCGCAUCAAUGGUUUCGACUUCGAACGGAUAACAAAGGGCUUGCUUGGCGCUCAAGAGUUCAUUCAUCAGCAGACCGGCGUCGUUGACCAAAGGGUUUUCCUCGAAGCGGAUCGUGCAGACCUGCUUGUGGCCAUAUUCGAGGCGCUAUGCUGCAUGCCCUAUCUCAGUCUUCCUGACAAUCGACGAUACUUCAACUUUGUUUUCGAGAGGAUACAAGAACGCAAGGUGCUGAAGCUCCCCGAUGUGCUACCAACAAUGACAUACUUCUUGUUUGAAGAGGAUGCUAUCCGGCAAAGGUUCGCCGUGUACACAUGGUCCCGACAAAGCCACAUCACGGCUGAAGAUUUCGAGUGGGCUGUCAAAGACAACCUCAAGUUUGCAAUAUCGCGAGUAUUUGACCCGUCCGCUUGUUCUCCAGCCCAGCUUCAAUUAUUCUGGCAAGGAUUCUCCCACAUCUUGAACGCAUUGGACGAGGACCUUAUCCUCCACUCGUUGCAGGCACUUGGAGUCCAGCCGGGUGUAUACGACUUGUUGCUUUCGCAUAUGAUGGUCAACUCCGAUCAACUCCUUAUGCAACUGAUCAAGGUCUUGUGCACAUUCCUUGAAAAGUCACCAAAGGCCUUUUGGGCCGCAUACAGCCAAUACACGCACAUCUCCGUUGCCGAACAAGUCUUUCGCAGCCCUGCCUUCAAGGUACUCCUGCGGAGAUCUGGAGAACUGGCUAUGCUUGAUGGUGUCAGCGCGACCUCCUGGAUAAAGGCCUUUGUCGACUCAGUGCCGACUCACAGCAGAGGCGACGUCUGUGACGCCCUAGUACAUCACCUUCUGGACGAUUUCGCCAAAGACCCAUCCAUAACUCCUGCAGGCAUUCAGGAUUGCCAGCGGGCGGCCGCGGAUGCUCUGGCGUCAACGCUCGGAGCAUUCGCAUCCCCCAGCUAUAAGCUGCAUGCAGGAUCUUCUACGAUCCAAACCAAUGCAACACUCAACCUUGUACUCAAACAUAAAGACAUGGUCUUGAGAUUGGCAAGAUUACCGCCCAAGGAUGCACGCCACAUUUCCCUAGCCAGGUCGGCUCUAUCUGUUAUCGAGUUUGCGCUUGCACUCGAUUCGCGCAUCACUGUCGAGGAGUGCAAUGCGUUACAGUUGAGCGACAGUCACGUACAGCGCGAGGUGAAACGUAAUUCAUCUGGGCUAUGGGAUGCUUUUCUUGAGAAUCUUUCGGAAGGGGAGAAUGGCGCCUCAGAACUCUCGAAAGCCAUGCUCAGCGCGACAUAUCCCCUAUUGAGUGUCGAGAUCUUCCGCCCAAGAAAGAAGACAACAUUGUCACCAGUAAAGACGGAAUUCAACGUCGAGUAUCAGAAAACGGCUGCAUCCAUUGGCAAUCUAUUCACACGCCUUUCUGGAUUUGAGCCGUCAUUGCUCCAGCACCUCUUUACGGAGCUCAAAACCAUACAGCCAAUCAUUGCAGCUUUGAUCCACGGUGAAGAGGACAUCAGCGCUGCUGCCACAGAGUUCAUAAAGACGGUGACAAACGAGAUUCGGCGCGAGGAUGCUGUGCAGCAUCUCCUGACCGACUGGUUCGUCCCCACUCUGGCUUCAUUCACGAAAGCCAUUGACCAGGUGAACGAGAAGAAAACGUUGUGGUCAUCACAACUGCCGAUUAUCCGGUACUCGCGAGACUUCCUUGAUAGCAUGUGCGAUGCCUCUGGAGUUCUACGAUCCAAGACGCUUACUUCCGGCGAAUGCCAGAUCUUGAACCAAUGGUGGACAUCACAAUGGGUGUGCCUCGAAAAUGCGUUCGAACAGACUGAAGCCUGGAGCCACUUGAUCGAAAUGGAGACGAUGAAGGAGUUCUGCCGUCUCGCCAUGGAGCAUGCAGACGCUCUGCUAAGCCAGGAUGGAGUUCUCGCCUCUGCGCUGAGUCAACAGUCUGUCCUCAACUCUAGCGUCAGCGGAGCUGAGGAUCCUGGGCGAACUAUGAGAAACAUACUUGAACAGCCGCGUAUGCACUGCGACGGAUUAUCCAAGAUGCUGCGACUCAAAGACCUGUAUCUUGUGACUGUCAUUGUCAGCGUGAUGGGCAAACUGCUCAAACGGCUGAAAGAAUUCAACAUGCAGCUGCCAGGAAAAACUCUCAGCUUCAUCCGGCAAACGAUCAAGAAACUUCCAUCGGGUAAGUAUAACGUAGCUACCAAUAUGAAUGAUCGUCAACGCGCGGAGAUACAGAAGGCGCUAGGUGAAGACCCGGCGGAUGACGACGAUGACAUACAAAUCGUCUCCAUCAGGAAGGCAGAAACCAUGAAGCAGACAAGACUCGACACUUGGUCAAAAUCCGGGGAUGGAGUGCCGUCGACCAUCAAGAAGCCAGAGCCUCGAUCGAAUAAGGACGAUGUUCGCGAGCUCCUCAGAGCGUCUUCCUCGGAUAAGAACCGAGCGACCCUGGAGAGGAUGAAGGCCCGGCAGCCUAUGAAGCCGGUCAAGCCCAGCCCACAGGCCACAGCGGCCAAUCUCGCGUCGAUCAAGGAACAGCGCGCGAAGGAGAAGGAGGAGAAGCGAAAACGCGACGCGGAGAUAAUCGCGCGUGCGAAAGCCCUCCGGGCUCCAAAGAGUAUCGUUUCGGGUGAAGGCUCUGGCAUGCAAGGCUUGGCUGGUGUACUCGGCAAGGACCACGCUCCGCAAAAGAGCGAAAUCAUGGUCAACUCUUCAUCCGAGGACGAGGAUGAUUCAGAGGAAGACGCUGCAUAUGAAGCUCAAAUAUCUGGCCAACAACCCACGGCGCGCACCUCUAUUGUCAAGAAGGCACCCACUGGUCCCAUCAAGAAGAUGAAGAUCCAGAGAUCAGCUAAGGAUAUGCGAGCUCGCCUUGUGCCGCCCAUGGACGAACUUCACCGAGCAAUUCUGGAGUGGGAUAUCUUCCAUGAGGGCAACGACCCGCCUAAUGGCAUCUUGUGUUCCCAUGUCUCGGACUCAUACGACGAGCCUUCAUCCCAUCGGGAGACAUUUUUCCCACUGCUCAUCAAUGAAGCGUGGCGAUCGUUCGUCACUGCCAAGGAUGAAUGCACUGCUCAGGCCAUUGGUGUCAAGAUUGUUACCCGAAUGACGGUCGACUCAUUCAUUGAAGUGAGCACCUCGAUGCCCAAGACUGAGAAGAGGAGCAACGAGCUUGGCGAAGGUGAUCUGGUCUUGCUUUCGGUCUCAGCAAAGGCAUUGGAAUCUCCCGAAGCACACCACUGCCUGGCCCGCAUUUGGCGAACGCAAUACAAAGCUGGCAGCAAGGAGAUUUCCUAUCGCAUCAGUAGCAAGGCCGGCCCCAUCCUCACAGCACUGGCCCCCCAGGCGGAGGUGUACGUGGUCAAGAUCACAAACAUGACCACCAUCGAGCGCGAAUAUGCCUCCCUCAAGUCCUUGCAAUACUUCGAUUUGAUGCCAGAGAUUUUGGAAGCCAAGCCAUCGCCAAUGCUCACUUUCGACGAAGAAGCCGUGGCGCAGACGAUGAAGAACUAUCAUCUGAAUCCGGGGCAGGCCAAGGCCAUCCUCAACGCCAAGGCAAACGAUGCCUUCACUCUCGUGCAAGGUCCUCCCGGUACUGGAAAAACAAAGACCAUCAUUGCAAUGGUCGGCGCUCUUCUCACGGGCACAUUCUCCACCAACACUGGUGUGGCCAUCAAAAGGCCGACAGGAGCGAAUGCUGCACCCAAUGCCGCUCCGCCAAUGGCCAAGAAGCUUCUCGUCUGUGCACCCAGUAACGCGGCAGUCGAUGAGCUGGUCCUCCGUCUGAAGCAAGGAGUUAAGACGACCAAGGGGACAUUCCACAAAAUCAACGUCGUGCGUUUGGGCCGUAGUGAAGCGGUCAACUCCUUGGUUCAGGAUGUCACCUUGGACAAACUGGUUCAAGCUCGAGCCGAAGGCAGCGAGAACGAAAGCUCGGUGCUGAAGAGCAGGGAGGCUAUGCAUAAAGAGGCUGGCGAGAUCAAGGAAGAGCUCAUGGGAUUACGAGGGCAACUUGAGACUGCUCGAGAGAUGGACGACCGAGAGGCUGUGAACCGCCUUCAACGGUCGUUUGACGAAGUCAAGCGUCGGCAGCAGGCGAUCGGCAAGAAAAUCGAUGCAGACAAGGAUAGCGGCAUGACCGUUGCCCGAGAAAACGAGCUCAGACGACGCAAGUUCCAGCAGGAGAUCCUUGACGGCGCACAUGUGCUGUGCACUACCCUCAGCGGUGCUGGCCAUGAGAUGUUCAAAAACCUCAACGUCGAGUUUGAGACUGUCAUCAUUGACGAGGCGGCGCAGUGCGUUGAACUCAGCGCCCUCAUCCCUCUGAAGUACGGCUGCACCAAGUGCAUCCUGGUCGGCGACCCUAAACAGCUUCCCCCUACCGUAUUGUCCCAGUCUGCAGCUCAAUAUGGCUACGAUCAGAGCUUGUUCGUCCGCAUGCAGCGUAGGAGCCCCAAGGAUAUCCACCUGCUGGACACGCAAUACCGUAUGCACCCUGAGAUCUCCAAGUUCCCUAGCCAGGAAUUUUACGAACGUAAGCUCGUGGAUGGCGAUGGCCUUGGUGCUCUUCGUGUACAGCCAUGGCAUAGCAGUGCUCUGCUUGGUCCAUACAGGUUCUUCGAUGUCAAAGGUUCUCAGGAGAGGGGCGCUCGCGGCCAAUCUCUCGUGAACACAGAGGAACUGAAGGUUGCUAUGAAGCUAUAUCAGCGCAUUCGCCAGGACUAUCCCGAGGUUGACCUCAAAGGCAAGAUCGGUAUCAUCACGCCCUACAAAGCCCAACUUUUCCGGUUGCGCGACCAAUUUGUGGAGCAUUAUGGCGAAAAGAUUCAGGAGCACAUCGAAUUCAACACCACGGAUGCCUUUCAGGGCCGUGAGUGUGAGAUCAUUAUAUUCUCCUGUGUGCGAGCAUCUCCGACGGGCGGUAUCGGUUUCAUGACGGACAUUCGACGUAUGAAUGUCGGUCUCACCCGUGCAAAGUCAUCUCUUUGGGUUCUUGGCGACUCGAGAGCCUUGUCACAGGGUCGCUAUUGGCGACAGCUCAUUGAAGAUGCUCAGCAACGUGAGAGAUACACGGAGGGCAACAUUCUCCAGCUCCUAUCUCAGCCUGGGCAGAAGGUCUCUCCCACGUCUUGGAUCACCUCGAGGUCGAAUUCACCUAAACCUGAGACGAAGUACGACCAGGAGAAGAAUGGCAACUACGAAACAAAGAUCUCACCAAGGAUGGAGGACAUUCCUAUGCGCGAAGCCACCUCGAAGACAGCUCCGCAGAUUCACCAUAUUAAGUCAGCAACUCAUAGUCCGCAGAGUCAUUCUUCACAUGAUUCUCCCAGCAUGGACGCCCCCAGAGGACCACCACCGACCAAGGGAUAUGGAGGUCUGAACGAGCGUGGAGAAUCAUCUAUAGUUCCACGAACAUCGGACAGACCAAUCAUCCAUGCCUCUUCUGGCAAACGACAUCGAGACAACAGUGCGGACGGCAGGGAGCCGAAGAGGCCCACCGCGCCACGUGGUCUCCUCCCUGGCAAGCGAGCGCCUCCAAGCGCACCACGGGCGAUGCCACGACCCCAGGACCCAUCUGCCAUGUCUGUCCUCGGCAUCAAGGACGACCCUGUCAAGUCGUCUAGAAAUCCUCCAGCUGGCCCGGCGCAUGCAUCAAAUGGCCCGCCUGCUCCGAAUGGUGGCAUCAUCCCACCACGGAGAAAACCGCCUCCUGCAUCGUCGUCAUCCUCGUCCAACAUGUUCAUCCAGCGGAAACCUAAUAAGCCUCCGCGGUAG